AUCAACUGAGAAAGCAAAAAUCAAUGCCGGUAGGAGGUGUGGCUUUGCCGAAAGACAUCAAUAAUGACAGUGAAAUUUUAAACAAAACGAGAGACAGAUCCGAGAAACACAUCCCAGAAACACUUUAUUGGAAUACGCAUGCGCGCGGGGUGUAUAAAUUGGUGCGCGAAGAUAGCCCGCGGGUAAAGCAAGAGUAGUGAGUGUGUCGUGUGCAGUUAGAGACGGUCCGCCUCCUACCAGCUGCAGCCUCCAGUCGGCAUUAACAACUAGCUCAAAAAUAAUAACUCGACCAGUUCAAGCAAGCGAGCACGGGUUGCUCGCUGAAUCGGACACUACUCUAACUCAAACUCUGCGUGAAUGGAAUUUUUUUAGUAUUUCCACCGUAAAACAGAUUACAUUUCAAGUCGAGAUGCACAGGGAAGGCGACAUAAGCCAGGAAAGCAGUGAAUCUGCUGCAAACAACAUACCAGUCACUGGGGAAUUUACCCCAGAAGAUCUGAACUUUUCACUUUUCGGUUACUUUACUUCCAAGGAUAAAAACAUCGGAGUCAACCGUUCCUCUCAAGAUAAGGCUUGCAAUGGUCCAGGAGUUCGGUUUAUAUGCGGACCAGCUGUCCCGCUUAAGGUUGAGCUUCCCUCUCAGCUGCCAGAGGGUCUUCAGCUCAUCGGAGCAACUCUCAGUACAGACACCCAUCAUGCUGUACUCUGCUCUCAACCAUUCAUUAGCAAGGGAACACGGUUUGGUCCUUACGAAGGAAGAGUUGUAGAACCAUCAGAAAUAGGAAACAGACAGGACACCGCCUUCAUGUGGGAGGUGUUCAGUGAAAACGGCAGCCUCAACCAUUACAUUGAUGGACAAAGCGAAACAGAAAACUGGAUGAAGUUUGUUAACUGUGCAAGACAUGGCGACGAGCAAAACCUGACUUUAGUUCAAGAUGGCCACCAGUUGUUUUAUCAAUGCUGUAAAGAUAUAUUCAUGGGUGAAGAACUCUUGGUUUGGUACGGAAAAUGUUACACUUUAUCAAUGGGGAUUCCCACUGGACUUAACGUUGUUGAUGUGAAGGAGGACGUGAUACCAGUAAAUGAGUUAACAGGCCCACCAGCAGACUACUCGUGUGAACGGUGUGGUAAAGUAUUUGCCUACAAAUAUUACCGAGACCGCCACCUUAAAUACACGCGUUGUGUCGAUCAAGGAGACCGGAAGUUCCCCUGUACAGUGUGUAACCGCUCCUUUGACAAGCGGGAUCGCCUUCGUAUCCACAUUCUUCACGUGCACGAGAAACACCGCCCUCACCAGUGCACAGUGUGUGGUAAACGCUUCUCUCAGUCAUCCAGUCUCAACAAACACAUGCGAGUACACAGUGGUGAAAGACCUUACAAGUGUCCGCAUUGUGUCAAGGCCUUCACUGCUUCUUCCAUUCUACGGACGCACAUCCGUCAGCACAGCGGGGAAAAGCCCUUCAAGUGCAGGCACUGCGAGCGUGCAUUCGCAUCACACGCAGCACAUGACAGCCACGUGCGUCGCACGCACACAAAAGAGAAGCCAUGCGUGUGUGAAUACUGUGGAAAGGCGUUCGCGCAGUCUUACGAACUGAAGUUUCAUAUCAACAUGCACACGGGAGCCAAACCUUACACGUGUGAGAAAUGUGGUAGAGCGUUUUCGAGUCCUUCGUCACGUGACCGACACCGUGCCAAUUUUGACUGCAUUACGAGAAAGAAUCGUGCUCCUAAAGUCAUGCGUAAAAACCAAGUGAAUGUUAAAAGUGUAGCUUGAAGUGUUGUUAUCAAAUGUUAGCUUCUUUCUUGCUUUGGCCACGGUAUGUGCUGCUACUCCAUGUUAUAUAUUUAAUAAAAGUACGUUAUCAUGCUCGGCCUAUAAUAAUCCAAUAGUGCAAAAAACAACGCUGAAUUGAGCUCUGGAUGCUCAGUGUUUCUCAUCUGUGGACAAAAUUAAAACACCUUGAAUAAGUUAUCUUUUAAAAAUAUUUACAUUAAACAUGUUUCAAACAAA